CAUCGGCAUCUUCAGUGACCGCUCCUCGCGUCUGCACGUCUUCUGCACGUCGCAAAGCUUAUGCAAGCGUACCAAUAUUUGCGAGAUAUCUUAUUAUGAGAAAAGACGCUGUAUGUAAUGCCAUUCUGGUCGUCAUUUCUGUCUACGCUUCGAUAUCUUCAAGUUCAAACAUACAUACGGACCGACCAAUCCAAUUGGUCCGACCCGACUUUGAGCACCGGCGACUGCUUCUGAUCAAAGAGAAUAUUAAUCGGCUUGCGCAAGUGGAGGGAGAGAUCGUUACCCUGGCUGUGGUGGGAAAAUGCCAUUCGGGGAAAUCGUUCCUUUUGAAUCAACUUCUUGGACGAGCAGAAGGCUUUCGAGUAGGACGCACUGUAAAGCCAGAGACCGUGGGUAUCUGGAUGUGGCCCCAGCCUAUGCCAAUCAUGCAAAAGACUGGGAGAAAGGCAGGACUGAUCUUCCUCGACACCGAAGGGCAUGGAGCAAGCAACGUUUCGGAGAACUAUCACGCUAAAAUAUUCGCCAUAACUACGCUAAUCAGUUCGUAUCUUAUCUACAACUCCGUGAAGACGAUCGACCAGUCUGAGAUCGAUUAUUUAGAAUUUUUGGCUCGGAGGACGCAGUUGUUCGCCCUUCGUUCCCUGCUGGAUCGGUCAAAGUGGAAGAACCCAUCCUUUCAUGACAUCCUCGCAUUCCCACCUCUCUUGUGGGUCGUGCAAGACUUUGUGCAGAGCACUUUACAUAACGAAACAGCUACUGACUGGCUGCGCCGACUUAUGAGAACGACUCCAAGAGACUAUGAGAACUACACCAUCAGUGUGUUAGAUAUGUUCCCGUCAACAGAUUGUCACACACUUUUCAUCCCUGCUGUGGAGCCUAAACUUCUUGCUGAUCUCUCACAAGCUGAAGAUGAUCAGCUGGCAGAGGAGUACAUCAAGGAGAGAGACGAGAUGUGUGACAAGAUAAAAGCGAAACUCUCUUCCAAUACAAGUGAUGGCAAGCGAACGAAUGGGCCUGAGCUUGCUACUCUUCUGACCCAUCUGGUUGACGUUGCGAACGGUGGUUCCUUAUCGGAAGUUCCAGGCAGAUGGGACGCCUUCGUCGAUAUCAUUACGACGACAGCCACGAAGGAUUGUACAUUCUUCUACGAGACUCAAAUGAAGAGUGUGUUGGAGGAACAUGGGAUGGUCAGCGAUGCGAAGCUUCUGGCAUCCCAUAGAGACGUCAUGACACGAUCUGGAAGCAUUUUGAAGCAACUGCUACGAGGAUUUUCUAGUGCACUCGAAAAGGCAUCGGAAGAACUGAAACGGAACAUUGAAGCUAUUAAUCUCAAAAUGCGGGACGAGAACAGCAGAAACGUCAAGGUGCGCUGCACCUCCUUGACGGAAAAGCAUAUGGCUGCUGUACACAAUUACACGCAGCUCUUGAUCUAUCCCAUGCGAGGCGACGAACUCAAGCAGGGACUCAAUUCCAUGGUUCAGGAAAAUUUGGAAAUAUUUCGAGGGGCCAUCGAAAACCUCGUGCCAGCAUCCGACAGGGAUAACUACGUCACAUAUCUUCAGCGAUCCUUCCAACAGCUGACUGACUCUACUAGACUACGAAACCAUCUAGCUCUGGAGCACCUAUUUACGGAUGUAAUAGACAGCGCACUUCUGUUCGUUCUUUUGGUGCACGAAGUGAACUUUUCGACUUCGUGGAACACAAGUGAACCACAGACAACAGCAGAACUGAAGAGGAAUAUGGACACUGGAUCGGAAGCCGCUUCAAAGGUGUUUGAAGAAAAAUGUUCGCGCUUCAUAACAGAGAAGCAAUACAGAAUAUAUCAAGCAUCACUGAAGGACAAGCUGCGACAGGAGACAGAUCAACGUCGCCGUACAAACGAACUGUUGGUAUCCAAGUUUAUCCAUGACACGAAGGAAAACGUAUCAGCGACGUAUUACGAGAGGACUGGUGAUGAUAUAUUACGUAUGCCAAUGAAUACAUCGCAAUUGUACAAGUUGAAAGCUGAACGACGGUACGCAAUGGAGUCGUUCGAUAGCACUCUUCGUCGUUUUCGUGACUUUGACGUUUACAAGGCUGCCUCCAAAGGCUUACAGGUACAGCUGGAAGCUGCAGCCGAGCAUAAAAAAGCCCAGAAUUUGGAGAAGCUGAAACUCAUGUUCUUCGUUCCCCUCUCCCACGCGAAGCAAGUCAUCGUGUCGUCCGCCCACAAUUUUAGCAACGCGUGCACACUACGCAUAUUCAUGAUGGGGGAAUGUCUGCUGCAUCUAAGACAGGAAAUGCCCACAUUCCUGCAAGAAGAGAUAAAAGAAAGCAUUGUCGAAGACUACAUCGACUCAGAACCUGAACUGCGAAACCUGAUCGAAGAAGUUGACAGCUUUUGGUCGCGACUGCUUUGCUGCUUAUACCGGAUUCUCUGGCUCGUAACGCUUGGUCUAAUAUAACUCAAUGCCUAACGUCCAUAUAAAUUUGAAUCUAAUGUGGGAAAUCUACUUGAUCACAAAUACAAUUUUUACACAGA